AUGGCAAUGGGGUACAUGUUAUCAUUUGCAUCCCUACUAACAACACAUAGGAGCUGCAUCUUAAAUGUUCUAAAGGAAGACAGCGACACAGAUUUUAAAGACAAGAAUCAGCCUCUAGAUUCUACAAGGAGCUCCUUCUCUCUAGCUCUCAAAGAAUGUCAGGAUCGGAGAUCCAGAUCUGAAGCUCUAUCCAAGAAGCCAGAUAGACGAAGACCCGCUUCAUUGGAUCUCAACAAUGUUACCGUCGCCUCCUCUUUGCCACGGCUGGCAACCAUGAAAAAAAGCUCGGCUGUGUCAUCUCGCAAGUCUGGUUUGUUGCCGAGUCCCAGGACACCGAAUUAUCGUCAAGCGGGCAUCGGAAUGCAAAAGGGUUGGAGCUCGGAGCGUGUACCGAUGCAAACCAGUACUAAUCGGAGGCAGCCAGCAAACGUGGCGUUGCUACCUUUCAAUAACGGACGGUCGACGUUGCCAUCGAAAUGGGAAGAUGAAGAGAGGUGGAUUUUCAGUUCGGUUCCCGUAGAUGGUGUUGAGAGGUCCCGUAGAUGGUGUUAA